GCCGCAGCCUCACAGUCCGCCGCCCGCCCGCACGCACCGCACGCACGCACUCCUCGCGAUACCGAUUACCGUCUAGUGUUCAGUGUUCACUCAUCGCACGACCGUUCCAGACUCAUCAUGCCGGGCGCGGUGACUAACGGCGCGCGUGCGGAGGACGACAUCGUGGUGACGGGGCUCUCGGGCCGCCUGCCGCAGUCAGACAACAUCGACGAGUUCGCCGAGCAGCUGUUCGCCGGCGUCGACCUCGUCACGGCCGACGACCGCCGCUGGACGCCAGGUCUCCAUGGGCUCCCGGAGCGCAACGGCAAGCUGAAGGACCUGGCGCACUUCGACGCGACGUUCUUCGGCGUGCACGCCAAGCAGGCGCACCUCAUGGACCCGCAGCUGCGCCUGCUGCUGGAGGUGACGCACGAGGCCAUCGUGGACGCCGGCCUCAGCCCCGCCGAGCUGCGCGGCAGCCGCACCGGCGUCUACGUCGGCGUCUCCAACUCCGAGACCGAGGAGCUGUGGACCGCCGACCCCGACAAGAUCACCGGCUACGCGCUGACGGGCUGCUGCCGUGCCAUGUUCCCCAACCGCAUCUCCUAUACGUUCGACCUCAAAGGCCCCUCGUACGCCGUCGACACCGCCUGCUCCAGCUCGCUGUUCGCGCUCGCGCAGGCGGUGCAGGCCAUUCGCGCCGGCCAGUGCGACGCGGCCGUCGUGGCCGGCUGCAACCUGUGCCUCAAGCCCGCCAACUCGCUCAACUUCCACCGGCUGAGCAUGCUGUCGCCGGAGGGGCGGUGCGCGGCGUUCGACGCGGGCGGGCGCGGCUACGUGCGCUCCGAGGCGGUCGUCGCGGUGCUGGUGCAGCGGCGCUCGGCGGCGCGCCGGGUGUACGCGGCCGUGCGCGGCGCGCGCAUGAACACCGACGGCCACAAGGAGCAGGGCAUCACCUUCCCCAUCGGCGAGAUGCAGAAGAGCCUCGCGCGCGAGACGUUCGCGGAGGCGGGGCUGCGGCCGCGGGACGUCGCCUACGUGGAGGCGCACGGCACCGGCACCAAGGUCGGCGACCCGCAGGAGGUCAACGCCAUCGCCGACCUGUUCUGCGAGGGCCGCGCCGCGCCGCUGCUGCUGGGCUCCGUCAAGUCCAACAUGGGCCACUCGGAGCCGGCGUCGGGGCUGUGCUCCAUCGCUAAGGUCGUGGUGGCCAUGGAGCGGGGCCUCAUCCCCGCCAACCUACACUACGAGUCGCCCAACCCCGACAUCCCCGCGCUCAGCGACGGAAGGAUCAAGGUGGUGGACCGCAACACGCCGUGGGACGGCGGUCUGGUGGCGGUGAACUCGUUCGGCUUCGGCGGUGCCAACGCGCACAUCAUCCUGGAGUCGCAGCCGGCGGGCGGGGCGGCGGGCGCGGCGCGCUGCGACACGCCGCGCCUGGUGCUGGCGUCGGGCCGCACGGAGGAGGCGGCGCGCGCGCUGCUGUCGCACGCGGCGGCGCACGCCGACUCGGCGCCGCUGCACGCGCUGCUGGACGCCGUGCACGCGCACAACAUCCCCGGCCACGCCCACCGCGGGUACCGCCUGCUCACGGAACCUGCGCACGAGGAAAUAUUUGAGGUGGAGAGCGGGGCGGCGCGGCCGGUGUGGUUCGUGUUCUCGGGCAUGGGGUCGCAGUGGUCCGGCAUGGGGCGGGCGCUGAUGCGGCUGCCGCUGUUCGCGCGCAGCGUGGAGCGGUCGGCGGCGGCGCUGCGGCCGCACGGCGUGGACCUGGUGCACGUGCUCACGGCGGCGCCGGACGCGGCCUUCGAUGACGUCAUCAACUCGUUCGUGUCCAUCGCGGCCGUGCAGGUGGCGCUGGUGGACGUGCUGCGCGCGCUAGGCGUGCGGCCCGCCGGCAUCCUGGGCCACUCGGUGGGCGAGGUGGGGUGCGCGUACGCCGACGAGACGCUGACGGCGGAGCAGGCGGUGCUGGCGGCGUACUGGCGCGGCCGCAGCAUCACGGACGCGCGGCUGCCGCCCGGCGCCAUGGCCGCCGUCGGCCUCACCUGGGAGCAGUGCGUGCAGCGCUGCCCGCCCGACGUAGUGCCCGCCUGCCACAACUCCAACGACAGCGUCACAAUCUCGGGGCCGGCCCAAUCCAUCGAGAAGUUCGUGGGGCAGCUGAGCUCAGAGGGCGUGUUCGCGCGCCGCGUCAACAGCUCGGGCUUCGCCUUCCACAGCAAGUACAUCGCUAGCGCCGCGCCGCAGCUGCGCCGCAGCCUCGAGAAGAUCAUCCCCGAGCCCCGGCCGCGCUCCGCCCGCUGGAUCUCCUCCUCGCUGCCCCGGGACCAGUGGGACGCCGACGUCGCGCGGCUGUCGGACGCGGCGUACCACGUGAACAACCUGCUGUCGCCGGUGCGGUUUGCGGAGGCGCUGCGCCACGUGCCCGAGCGCGCGCUCGUGCUCGAGCUGGCGCCGCACGCGCUGCUGCAGGCGGUGCUGAAGCGCGCGCUGCCUGACGCCGCGCACGUGCCGCUCGUGCGCCGCGACGCGCCUGACGCGCUCGUGCACCUGCUGUGCGCGCUCGGCCGCGCGUACGGCGCCGGCGCGCAGCCGCAGGUGGGCGCGCUCUACCCGCCGGUGGCGUGGCCGGUGCCGCGCGGUACGCCCCCCCUCGCCUCCAAGGUGCUGUGGGACCACUCCGUCGAGUGGAGCGUCGCCGACUACGGGUCGGCGCGCUCCGGCGAGAACGUCAUCGAGUACGACCUGUCCAAGGCCGACGACGCCUUCAUCGCCGGACACGACAUCGACGGCCGUGUGCUCUUCCCCGCCACCGGAUACCUGACCCUAGUGUGGCGCACCGUGGCCAAACUGCACAACAAGAAGCCGGAGGAGACGGCGAUCGUGCUGGAGAACGUGCAGUUCAAGCGCGCCACCAUCGUGUCGCGCGACGCGCCCGUGCGAUUCCUCAUCAACGUGCUGGAGGGCACCGGCGAGUUCGAGGUGGCGGAGGGCGGCGGCGUCGCCGUCACCGGCCGCGUGCGCCUCGCCGACCCCGCCGCCGCCGAGCGCCUGCCGACCGCCGCUGACACCGCUGCUGCCGCCGACGCCGCCGUCGACGAGCCGCCGCUGCAGGCCGACGACAUCUACAAGGAGCUGCGCCUCCGCGGGUACAACUACCGGGGCGUCUUCCGCGGCAUCGUGUCGUCCGACCAGCGCGGCACCGUGGGCAGGCUCGCGUGGAACGACAACUGGGUCUCGUUCAUGGACACGAUGCUGCAAUUCUGCAUCAUCGGCGUGGACACGCGGCAGCUGUACCUGCCCACGCGACUGCAGCGCGCUGUCAUCGAUCCAGCGGCGCAGGUGCGCGCGCUGAAGGCCGCCGCGGCGACCGGCUCCGAGCUGGAGGUGCGCGUGCGCCGCGACGUCGACGUCAUCUCGUGCGGCGGCGUCGAGUUCCGCGGCCUGAAGACGAACCUCGCGCCGCGCCGCGCCAACCCGCAGCCCGCGCCCAAGCUGGAGCGGGUCGCGUUCGUGGCGAACGAUGCCGGCGCGACGAGUUGCGAGGACGCGGCGCGGUCGCGGCGCGACGCGCUGGCGGUGUGCCUGCAGCUGGUGAUGGAGAACUGCGGCUCGGUGAAGCUGCGCACGGUGGAGGCGGCGCUGGACCGCGCGGGCGAGGCGCUGCUGUCGCCGCUGGCGUUGGCGGUGCUGGAGGGCGAACCGCAGGUGCGCGCCGACGCCAGCGUCGCUGCUGGCGCCCAGCACGCCGCCGCCGCCGCCGCCAUGCAGCCGCACGGUAUUAAGGUGACGAACAAGGACGCUCGGACCGGCACCCCGGAGACGGAUUGCCAGCUGGUGCUGGCGGCGGACGUGCUGACGCGGCACGGCGCGGGUGUGCUGGCGCACCUGGCGGCCGCGCUCGCGCCCCGCGGCCUGCUGCUGCUGGAGGAGCCGCGCGGGGCGCUCGCGGAACGAGGGGCGCGGGAGCUGCUGGGUGGCGCCGGGCUGCUGGUGGUCGCGCGCCAGGCCGCCGCCACUUGCGAGCUGGUGCUGCUGAGGCGUGCACCCGAGCCCACCACCGCCACCGUCGUGGUGGACGUUGACGGCGAGAAGUACGAGUGGGUGGACACGCUGCGCGAGGCGCUGGCGCGGGCGGACGCGGAGCCCGGGCUGCGAGUGCACGCGGUGUCGCGCGCGCCGACCGGCGGCGUGCUGGGGCUGGGCACGUGCCUGCGACAGGAGGCGGGCGGGCGCGCGCUGCGUGUGUGGCACGUGCCGGGCGGCGCGCCGUUCGCGCUGGACGCGCCGGCGUAUGCGAAGCAGGCACAGCUGGACCUGGCCGUCAACGUGCUGCGCGCAGGCGCCUGGGGCACGAUGCGCCACCUGCCGCUCGCCGACGCCAUGGACGCCCAGCUGCAGGUGGAGCACGCGUACGUGAACACGCUGACGCGCGGCGACCUGUCGUCGCUGCGGUGGGUGGAGAGUGACCUGCGGCACGCGGCGCUGUUCGAGCGCGCGGCGAGCACGGAGCUGUGCCGCGUGUACUACGCCACGCUCAACUUCCGCGACAUCAUGCUGGCGACCGGCCGCCUGCCGCCCGACGCUCUGCCCGGCAACCUCGCCGAGCAGGAUUGCAUCAUGGGCUUGGAGUUCAGCGGGCGGUCGUCGACUGGCAAGCGCGUGAUGGGCAUGAUCGAGGCCCGCGGCCUGGCCACCACCCUGCAGGCCGACCCCGGCUUCCUGUGGGAGGUUCCCGACAAAUGGACGCUGGAGGAGGCGGCGACGGUGCCGGUGGCGUACGGCACGGCGUACUACGCGCUGGUGGUGCGCGGGCGCAUGCGGCGCGGCGAGUCGGUGCUGGUGCACGCGGGCUCGGGCGGCGUGGGGCAGGCCGCCAUCGCCAUCGCGCUGCACGCCGGCUGCACGGUGUUCACCACGGUGGGCACGGCCGACAAGCGCGCCUUCCUGCUGGAGCGCUUCCCCGCCCUGUGCCCGGAUAACAUCGGCAACUCGCGCGACACGAGCUUCGAGCAGCUGGUGCGGCGCCGCACGCGCGGCCGCGGCGUCGACCUCGUGCUCAACUCGCUCGCCGGCGACCAGCUGAUGGCCUCCGUGCGAUGCCUCGCGUCCGGCGGCAGGUUUCUCGAGAUCGGCAAGCUCGACUUAUCCAACGACACCGCCCUGGGCAUGGCGAUCUUCCUGAAGAACACGACGUUCCACGGCAUCCUGCUGGACGCGCUGUUCGACGCCGGCGACGACAGCGAGGACAAGCGCGCGGUGGUGCGCUGCGUGACGGAGGGCAUCGCCAACGGCGCCGUGCGCCCGUUGCCCGCCACCGUCUACGGCGAUCAACAGCUCGAGCACGCUUUUCGGUUCAUGGCGACGGGCAAGCACAUCGGCAAGGUGUUGAUCCGCGUGCGCGAGGAGGAGGGUGCGGGUGCGGGCGCGGGCGCGGGGGCGGCGCGGCUGGUGGCGGCCGUGCCCCGCGUGUACAUGCACCCCGCCCGCAGCUACGUGCUGGUGGGCGGGCUCGGGGGCUUCGGCCUGGAGCUGGCGCAGUGGCUGGUGACGCGCGGUGCGCGCGCCCUCGUCUUCAACUCGCGCUCCGGCGUGCGCACCGGCUACCAGGCCUGGUGCAUACGCAGAUGGCGGUCGCGCGGCGUGGCGGUGGCGGUGUCGACGGCGGACGCGGCGACGCCGGCGGGCGCGCGGGCGCUGCUGGGCGAGGCGGCGGCGCUGGCCCCGCUCGCCGGCGUCUUCAACCUGGCCGCCGUGCUGCGCGACGCUUUCCUCGAGAACCUCACGCCCGAUGACUUCCGCGCAGUCGCCCGCCCCAAGAUCGACACGACGCUGGCGUUGGACGCGGCGACGCGCGCGCUGGCGCCGGAGCUGGAGUACUUCGUGGUGUGGUCGUCGGUGUCGUGCGGGCGCGGCAACGCCGGCCAGUCCAACUACGGCCUGGCCAACUCCGCCAUGGAGCGCAUCGUCGAGCGCCGCCAGGCCGACGGCCUGCCCGGCCUCGCCGUGCAGUGGGGCGCCAUCGGUGAGGUGGGCCUGGUGGCGGACAUGGCUGGGGCCGGCGACGACGAGGCGGUGGUGGGCGGGACGCUGCCGCAGCGCAUCUCGUCGUGCAUGGAGGCGCUGGGCGCGCUGCUGGCGCGGCCGCACGCCGUCGCCGCCAGCAUGGUGCUGGCCGACAAGCGCCGCGCUGCCGCCGCCCCCUCCGCCGACCUCGUGCACGCCGUCGCCAACAUACUCGGAAUCAAGGACGCAUCCAAAAUAUCAGACAGCGCCAACCUCGCGGAGCUGGGCAUGGACUCGCUGAUGGGCGCCGAGAUCAAGCAGACGCUGGAGCGCGGCUACGACGUGGUGCUCGGCGUGCAAGAGAUCCGCGCCCUCACGUUCGGCAAGCUGCGCGUGCUGGCCGGCGGCGACGACGCGCCCGCCGCCGACGUCGCGCCCCCCGCCCCCGCCGCCGCGCCCGCCGCCACGGAGCCCGUGCAGUUCGGCGCGACGGGCGAGCUGGUGCCGGCGCAGGUGCUGGUGCGCCUACCGAGCGCCGCCGACGACGCUGACCCCGUGUUCAUGGUGCACCCCAUCGAGGGCGUGGUCGACCUGCUGCGGCCCGUGGCGGCCGCCGUGCGCGCGCCCGUGAUGGGCCUGCAAUGCGCCGCCGGCGCGCCGCUCACCGAUAUGGCGGCGCUGGCCGGCUACUACGUGGAGCGCGUGCGCGCGCAGCAGCCGCGCCCGCCCUACACGCUGCUGGGCUACUCGUACGGCGCCGCCGUCGCUUUCGAGAUGGCGCUGCAGCUGGAGGCCGCCGGCGCCGACACGCGCCUCGUGCUCGUCGACGGCUCGCACUCGUUCGUGGCGGCGCACACGAUGCGCUCCACCAAGAAGCGCACGACGCGCAACGCCGCCACCGACGAGGCCGACGCGCUCACCUACUUCGCGCAGCUCUUCAAGGACGUCGACGCCAACAAGCUGGCGACGGAGCUGGAGCGGCUGGGCAGCUGGGAGGAGCGGCUGGGGCGCUGCAUCGCGCUGCUGGGUGGCGCGGGCGAGCCGGGCGCGCUGCGCGCCGCCGCCGAGUCCUUCUACCGCAAGCUGGUGGUGGCGCACGAGUACAAGCCGGCGCGGCGGCUGCGCGCGCCCGUCACGCUGUUCUCGGCGAGCGACAACUACGUGGCGCUGGCGGACGACUACGGCCUGAGCGAGGUGUGCUGCGGACCGCUGACGGCGCGCCGCCUGCCCGCCGACCACCGCUCCAUCCUCGCCGGCGACAACGCGCGCACCAUCGCCGACCACGUGACCGCGCUGCUGCGCCGCUGAGGGCGCCGCGCCCGCCGCCGCCGCCGCCGCCGCCGCCGCCGCUGCGGGCCCGCCGAGCCCUAGACUCUCAGUGUGGGACGAUGUCGUGCCG